AUGCCCAGGGAAAUAAUUACCAUACAGGCUGGCCAGUGUGGCAACAACAUUGGGACGCAGUUCUGGCAGCAACUCUGCCUGGAGCAUGGCAUCAACCAGGAUGGGAAUCUGGAAGAGUUUGCAACUGAGGGAGGAGACCGCAAAGAUGUGUUUUUUUACCAGAGUGAUGACACUCGCUACAUCCCGCGAGCAAUAUUAAUCGACCUUGAGCCUAGAGUCCUCAGCGCGAUCCAGAAUGGCCCGUACAGCAACAUCUACAACCCAGAGAACUUCUUUAUAGGCAAAGAUGGAAGUGGUGCGGGGAACAAUUGGGCUGCUGGAUAUGCUACGGGCGACACCGUACAGGAGGAGAUAUUUGAUAUGAUCGAUCGAGAGGCAGACGGCAGCGAUUCACUGGAGGGUUUCAUGCUUCUUCACUCCAUUGCUGGAGGAACAGGUUCUGGCCUAGGAAGCUACAUUCUCGAGCGGAUGAACGACCGAUUUCCGAAGAAGCUGAUCCAGACAUAUUCGGUGUUCCCUGACACGCAGGCAGCAGAUGUAGUCGUUAACCCCUACAACAGUCUUCUUACCAUGAGACGAUUAACCCAAAACGCAGACUCAGUGGUUGUACUAGACAAUGGAGCGCUUUCAAGGAUAGCAGCGGAUCGGCUCCAUGUGCAAGAACCAUCUUUCCAACAGACAAACCAGCUUGUUUCCACUGUAAUGUCCGCGUCUACAACUACCCUUCGGUAUCCAGGGUACAUGCAUAACGACCUCGUUAGCGUGAUUGCAUCUCUCAUCCCUAUUCCGCGCGCACAUUUCCUGAUUACAUCAUACACACCAUUCACUGGCGAUCAAGUUGAGCAGGCCAAGACAGUACGGAAGACCACGGUGCUGGACGUGAUGCGCAGACUGCUCCAGCCCAAAAACCGCAUGAUGUCUAUAACACCGGGUAAAUCCAGCUGCUAUAUCAGCAUCCUUAACAUCAUACAGGGAGAGGCAGAUCAAACGGACGUGCACAAAUCAGUUUUGCGCAUCCGCGAGAGACAUCUGGCAUCCUUCAUCCCAUGGGGCCCAGCUAGCAUCCAGGUAGCGAUCCCUAAGAAAUCGCCCUACCUUCAGAACACGCAUCGAGUCAGUGGCCUCAUGCUGGCCAACCACACGUCUGUGGCAACGCUGUUUAAGCGCAUCGUCAGCCAGUACGACCGUCUGCGGAAGCGCAACGCCUUCCUCGAGCAGUACAAGAAGGAGACCCCCUUUGCAGACGGCCUGGGCGAGUUUGAUGAAGCGCGGGAGGUCGUGAUGGAUCUGGUCGCUGAAUACGAAGCGGCGGAGAAACCGGACUACCUAGGAGGAGGGGCAGAGGGAGAUCAUGGAGAUGAGGGAUAA